CCGACGGUACCGCGCGAUCCCCGCUGUCUGCUGUGGUUUCUGUGGGAGAAGGGCGGAAAUUUCAGGAAAAUACGGAGACCAACUUUUCACAACUGCUCCGAAUCCUUACCGCCAUCAAUGUCUGAAAUUACGUAACCUGAUUGGUUCAACUCGUCACGUGACAAUAUAGGCUAUAGGUGAAAGGUCAUCGUCAUACAGGUCAAUCAGAACAGAUAUUCGGGUACAGUGGACAUGCAAUGCAGACAGCAACUUCUAAAGCCUUUCAUAAUUCUAGAUUGUUGGUGACAAGUAUAUUACAUCAGACAAAACUUUUGAGGGGCAACAACGUUCCAUCAGCAAGAACUUACAGGGCUAAUUCUACUCGGAAUCUGUCAUACAGAACAGACUUUUUACCUGCGAAGUGCAUUUCUAGUGGUAGAUAUUAUUGUACAAUGCCUCCAACCAAAGGGCCGUACCAAAAUGUGUGCAUGGGGGGCACUUUUGACAGGAUGCACGAGGGACAUUUUUUGCUGCUAAGAGAGGGGUGUCGUCUGUGUGAGGGGACGCUGACUGUGGGGGUUACCGAUCUAUCCAUGAUACAGAGUAAGAUUCUAUGUGAGCUGAUCGAGCCUGUAGAAGUGCGGAUAGAGAAUGUUCGUCAGUUUCUCAGGGACACCAAACCCAGCAUGGCGACUGACGUGGUCCCCAUCUCCGACCCUCUGGGUCCAGCGGGGUGGAACCCUGACAUACAGGCCAUCGUGGUCUCUACAGAAACAAAGAAAGGAGCAGAUUUUGUCAAUGAAACCAGAAAGAAAAAGGGACUGAGUGAACUUGCUGUACAUAUGAUUGACCUUGUGCCUGAGCCCUCCCCAUCUUCCUCAGAGGAACACAAGGUGUCCUCCUCCAACCUCAGGCAAAGGCUGCUGGGAACUCUGCUCAGGCCAGUACAGCCAAAGCCAGACCUCAGGUGUCAUCCCUAUGUGUUAGGGCUAACAGGUGGGAUUGCGUCAGGUAAGACUUCUGUUGGUAGGAGACUGCAGGGGUUGGGAGCAGCAGUGGUGGACUGUGACAAGUUGGGCCACAAGGCUUACGAGCCAGGGACAGCCACGCAUGGGCAAGUGGUGGAAACAUUUGGCCAAGAUGUGUUAGCUGAAGAUGGUACAAUCAACAGGAAGGUUCUGGGACCAAAGGUGUUUGCAGACAAGGCCAAGCUCCAAGCCCUGAACAAUAUUGUCUGGCCAGAGAUUGCCAGGCUGGCUAGAGAAGAAAUUGCAGCACAUGCAGAAGCAGGGAAGAGUGUGGUAGUUCUGGAUGCCGCAGUUCUCCUGGAGGCAGGGUGGGAGACCUUCUGUCAUGAAACCUGGGUCAGCGUCAUUCCAAGGAAGGAGGCCAUCAGGAGGAUAGUAGAGAGGAACAAGUUUACUGAGGAGGAUGCAGCACGGAGGAUUGACAGUCAGAUGAGUAACCAGGACAGAGUGGACCGUGGUGAUGUCAUCAUCAGCACACUGUGGGAACCAGAGGUCACCCAGAAACAGGUGGAGAAGGCGUGGGCCCUACUCCUGGACAGGAUACAACAAAGAACUGAGAAGGGAGCUUCCCAGCUGUGACACUAUCUGUCACCUUUAUUAUAAACCAAGUCAGAGAGUUCCAACCUUAGGUCUUUCAGCGUUCACAUGCUUUAAACAAUAAAAUUUCUCUAAUAGUAAAAUGUUGAACUUUAUUCCAACAAAAGGGUUACACAUGUACAGAGAUCAAAUUUUCAACAAUCACUGU